AUGAAUCAUGAUAGGCCUAUGACAUUAGCUGCUUUCUUGAAAGUUAAUCCACCGAAGUUCAAAGGUACGACUGUAGCAACUGAAGCUGAUAAUUGGUUUCGAGGCAUAGUAAGGUCCUUGAGGGCACAGCAUGUCCCGGAAGAACAGUAUGUAGAAUUUGCUACUUAUAUGUUGGAAGGGGAUGCUCAGCACUGGUGGCAGGGCAUUCAACGUUUACUGCAGCAAGAUGAGGGUAAUAUUUUGUGGGAUGUUUUCAAAGAAGAGUUCUAUAAGAAGUACUUUCCUAGAGCUACUCGUGAGGCAAAGGAGAUGGAGUUGAUGCAGUUGAAACAGGGAAGUAUGUCUGUUGCUGAGUAUACAAGGAAGUUUGAAGAGUUAUGUCGUUUUUCCAAGGUUUGUCAAGGGAAUCCAGCAGAUUUCGAAGAGUGGAAAUGUUUAAAAUUUGAAGGGGGACUCCAUGAAGAUUUGUUGAACUCAGUGGUUCCAUUGGAAAUACGGAAUUUUGCGGAGUUGGUUAAUAAGAGUCAGCUAGUAGAGGACUGUGGUAAGAAGAUAGCUGCAGCUCGGAUGAAUCGCCCAGGAUCUUCUUUUCAGAAUUAUAAUCAAUAUACAGCUCCUCAGGGAAGGAAUUUUAAGCAGGGAGAAAUGCCUUCACGAAGGUACAAUCCGAAUAGAAAUGUUCAUGCACGUCCUACAGGAGGGAAUGAAGGAAGAAUGAGACAGGAUAUGGGUAAGCGACCUCAGCAGGCGCAGAUGCGACUAGUAUGUAGGCAGUGCGGAAAGGAGCAUGGAGGUAGACCUUUUCAGCUUACAGGCGUUAUCUGUUUUUCUUGUGGUCAGCUUGGACAUAUGGCUAAGGACUGUCCGAAGAAGCCAGUACAAGGAAUAGAUAGGCCGCGACAGUAA